GGCUUUGCCUCCACGACGGACUCCUCCGCCGCAACAAGCACAGGCGCCUCGGCCUCCAGAGGAGGAGCCGCAGUCAGAGAUUCAUUCACCCCCGCGGGCCCAACGGUCGCUUCCAGCGGCUUUGCCUCCACGACGGACUCCUCCGCCGCAACAAGCACAGGCGCCUCGGCCUCCAGAGGAGGAGCCGCAGUCAGAGAUUCAUUCACCCCCGCGGGCCCAACGGUCGCUUCCAGCGGUUUGGCCUCCACGACGGACUCCUCCGCCGCAACAAGCACAGGCGCCUCGGCCUCCAGAGGAGGAGCCGCAGUCAGAGAUUCAUUCACCCCCGCGGGCCCAACGGUCGCUUCCAGCGGCUUUGGCCUCCACGACGGACUCCUCCGCCGCAACAAGCACAGGCGCCUCGGCCUCCAGAGGAGGAGCCGCAGUCAGAGAUUCAUUCACCCCCGCGGGCCCAACGGUCGCUUCCAGCGGUUU